CAUAAUGACGGAUAUAAAAAUGGAAUUCCUAUCAAAUGAAAGCCAUCAAUAUUACAAAGCAAUGACAAGUUUCAGAAAAACUUUUCAAUUAAGAGGACGAAAUAUAUUUUUAUAUCCUAAUUUCAUAUUUAAUCUCACUGCUACGGGACGAGAACAACGAAAGAGUGUAAACUUUUUACAUUCUUUUACAGAUAAGAUAAUACAACAACAAACAUCUGCAUUAAAUGAAUUGAAACCAAAUGAAUUGAAUACCAAAAGUAAAACAAGACAUAAGUCCCUUCUUCACACCUUAAUGAAGGCAUCCCAUACAAAUAAGUUGUCACAAGAGAUGUUACACGAUAACAUGAUUACUAUGUUAAUAGCGGGCACAGACACUACCGCCAUUACGGUAAAUUUUGUUAUCUUCAUGUUAGCAAAUUUCCCAGAUGUUCAAAUAAAAGUAUAUACAGAAUUAUUGGAAAUUUUUGGAACGAAAACGCCACAAUCUGCUCCAAUAAAAUACGAAAAUUUAGAACAUAUGGAUUACUUGGACCGUGUUAUUAAGGAAACUUUGAGAAUAUUUCCUACUAUUCCGCUAUUUUCACGACAACUAACAGAGGAUUUAGAAAUGGAAGAAUUUAUUUUACCAAAAGGGGCUAAUGUUGUCAUAGAGUUACUUACGUUACAUAGAAACGAAAAAUUUUGGUCUAAACCGUUAGUAUUCGAUCCGGACAGAUUUCUUCCUCAAAAUAUUGGAACAUCUUAUCAGCAUUAUUACAUGCCAUUUAGUAUGGGACCCAGAAAUUGUAUGCAAUAUGCGAUAAUGUCAAUGAAAGUUAUCCUAGCAACUUUGAUAAGAACAUUUGUAUUCAAAGUAGAAAAUAGCAUUCAGAUAGAUAAAAUUAAACUAACUGUAGACCUAGUAUUAUCUACUGUUGAACCUUUAAAAAUUCAAAUUGAAAAACGAGAUAUGCAUUAAAAUGAAAGAACAUAUUCAUUCAAAGAGAAUGGUAUUUUUUGUAAAUAUACGAUUGAAGUCAAAAUUGUUCGCAGAAGAAUGAACAAGGAAAGAACAGAAGUUAAUUCACUUGGCCUAUUAAGCUUUUGUAAAAGAGUGAUUUUAAUUACAGCUUGAAAAUUUUAAGUAUAUUAUAAGUAUAGUAUUUUUA